CAGCCUUCAGCUUCACGGCCAGCACUCACGAUCACGCACACAUCGCAAGGGAGGGAAACACAGUAGCAGACUCAUUCAUUCGCGACUGAGUCCAAGCAAAGGCAUGGGAUAAGUCGCUGGCUGCAUGAAUGGACUAGGUCCUUCCGUCAAAACUGCAACAGACAACCACGUGUGGAUUGACGUGUCUGCCUGUCCAUCCAUGUGUGUGAACGGUCCACAUGAAAGCCUGUACAACCAUUUGUCCAUGAAAUGCGUGAACGUGUACGAAUUUCACCGAAUGAAAGAGAUCGAAGAAGCCCUUAGACCAUGAGACUGGCACGUAGGUCAGGAUAACAUGUUCACGGCAUUAUUUAAUGCCUCAUGUGAGAAAGUGAGAGAGAGCGGGAGAGACGCGCAGGGGGUACAAAUACCAAAUGUAUGCAUACGUACGCAGACCAGCUCAGACCACGUCAUGUGUUUGGUCGUGUCUGGUGCGUGGCUAAGAAUGUGCGAAAAACAGGCUCUCUAGGCUCACAGGCUCGUGGAAAAUUCAUACUCAGUACAUAAAAACACCCACAUCCAUUGGCUUACGAAAGCAUUCCAUCUGGGCAAAAUAGAUAGGUACCAAUUAUAGACAGCCUCGUAUUCACGCUCCUUAAUCCCUAGUAGCUCAUGACAGGAAGGAGAGGCACACACACACACACAAAUUUCAUACACAGGUACGUACGAAGGUAGGAAGGCAGAGGCAGCAUUCUUCAUCGAAGCGACACAUUCAUGUAGGGAUCGCCCCCCCAUAAUUCUGCCUGCUGUCUGGCCCUGCGAAUCGUGUCACAGCCGCCCUUGUGUCAUCGCCGAGGACGAAUGAUCCCUCCAGCUUAACAACGUCGUCAGCCGCCUCAAACAGACUGAACCCUGGGCCAUUCGUCUGCCGAUUUAUUUGUACACAGCGAAAGCAUCACAUAAGCAGCGUAGACAAAUGAAUGCAAAGAGCGCUGUAUCUAUGUAAUCUUCGUCGACCGACUCGCCCACCUACCAGGAUUGUUGCCACUGCGUCCACGGGGCCAUCCCGCAACUCGUCGACGAGUUCAGAGAUGGGAAUCUCGACCAGUGUAAUGUCGAGUCCCUGGUAAAGGGGAGCGGGUAAAGGGGAGACAAGAAGGGCUGUCUGUCUGAUGGGCGAUUGUUACCAGCUCCUGCGUGACCGCGACGAAGUCGUCGAUGAAAAAACACCCAGGGCACACGCCAAUACUCUUGCUGCAGCCACAACGACACAAUCCAGCCAAGCAUUACAUUGCGCCCUCACUCUCCCCACCCACCCGUCUAGAGAAGAGGGGUCCUCCGUCAGGUCAACUGUCACCAACUCAGAGUCUUCCUCUACGCACACACCGACCUCGUUAACGAAGCUGCACACACAUACACGGACCGACUCUUUCAGUGAGCUGACCGACUCAUUCAGUGAGCGUCCGUGUAUACUUGACGAUGGCGCAGCUCGUAUAGUCUACCGACUGCGAACGUUCCUCAGUGACCUGAUGAGAGAGAAUAAGUCGACGAGAAUAGGUCGACGAUCAUGUGCUUCUCUGACUGACGUACAGAGAAGAAGGUAAUGGCAUCAACAACCUCGUCAUUCAAAGCCUCUCUAAACUGGAGGAAGAAAUCUUCUGUGUUGUCAAUGAUCGUGUAGUUGGCCUUGAUGUCUACGCCAUACUCCUGACGGCAAAACAAGCGAGGACCACCAGAGAUGAAUGAGGUAACUUGGACGAUAUACUUAAAGCGUCGUAUGCUGCAUGUACCCUUGAAAGCUCGGGGAGAAUCAGCUCAUUGAGCAACAUAGUAAGCACCUACACUCCCCGGCUCGGUGGGAUCGCUAAUGAUUGACAGGCCAAUCUCGAGAAUGCCUUCGUCCAGCACCUGCAAGACGCGGAGCCCUCGCAUUGAGUCGUUCUGUGCGGUCUCCUCCCUACCUUCUCAAAGGUGCCCUCGGCGUCUUCUUUGGCAGGGUAGGAAGCUUCGCAGUCGGGGAAAUCAGAGGAGGCCAAAGGGAAGGUAGCAUUCAACAGAUCUAAAUGAUCGUUAGACUCACCGACCUGAAGCAGACAAUGAGAAAUGUGUUUCGGUUAUGGAUGUGGACCACCUACGUACGUUCUUGAUGGCAGUGCUGAGAGCUGCGUUAAGCUAGACGUCUCCAUCGUCACCCGUCACGUAGGGGUUUGCUGGCUCCUUGAUGCCCGUCAGGAACUCCUUGAUGCCCGUCAGGAGCUCCUCUAGGUCUGCCUUGCUGACCUCCAGCUGCUUCUCACCCGGCUCCCCGGGGGCAGCUGCCGCCAACCACAACGAAAGAAGGAGGGCGCCGAGGAGAGAAAAUACUGAGGGGCGUGACAUAGGGUUCCUGUCCAGAGCAGUUUCGAGUACCUCACGUUCUUGCGCUGCCGCAUGCGCCGUUGGGAUGGCCAGGUUUGCGAUGCCAGCCAAAUUGAC